CAGACCUCUCUGACUGGCCACAACGAUUUAUAUGUAAAACUCUUCUCGCUCGUUAUUGGUCCUCAUUCUGUUUUGGGACAUUUCGUGAGUUAUGUUAUAUGAAAGUUUUGGUUGAUCUAAAAGUUGGUGAAAUUGAUUGGGGCUGAUGGAUAGGUGAGCUCACUCAACUGAGGACACAUACUCACAGCACAAUGUCUGGGGCCCAGGACCACAAGAGACGGCAACCCCCAAAGAUGUACUUGGUGGUCUCCAACCUAAAGAUUCAGGACCAGUUGGAAGGUACCAUCCGACUGCUACGCGGGAACCUCUGUCAGGAGCAAGAGGGGGGAAGGAGCAGGGGCGACCAACUGUGGGUAAAGGUGUUAGACUAUGGUUGUAUGGUAAAGAUUGACAAACAGCUGCUUAUAGAAGUCCCCACCGACCUGACGGGCCUAUUGGAGCCUGUAUCUGAUCCAGAGUCCCGCCUCAAUUUGCUCAUUAACCCCAAGCAACUUUACCGAUUGGCUGCCUUGCCCCUAGGCACCCCCCUCUAUGUCCAGAUGGGCCAACCAGGAGAGCUGGCGGAGGCGGAGCUGAGGUAUCGAGGACCGCUGACCAGAGGAAGUACUGCUGUGUUGUUUGGGGUGCAGCUGAAGGACUCAGCAGUGGGUAGAGGCAACAGUAAUGGUUCUUACAAAGGCCACCAGCUCUUCACCUGUCCCGAAGCCUCCGCCCUCUUCCUACCGGCCAAUCAGAUUAAGCUACGACGCUGGUCCCGUGCCAAUGACGACCAUCACAUCAACGCUCUUCCUCCUCAACCUCAACCCCCCAUUGGUAACAUCAUUGCUAGAACGGCCGAAUCGUCUCCCAGCCUGGCCCCAGUCCCAGUCCUGGCUCGAAACCCCAGCUCCCCACCUCCCUUCCAGGUGGGCCACAGGGUGUGCUUCCCUCUGGAGGAUACUGUCCAUGGGGGAGAGGUGAGGUUCUGUGGGGCCCUGCCUGGACGGACCUCCACUGGGGUGUUCGUAGGAAUCCUGCUGGACAAUGCGGUUGGUAACUGGGAUGGUUCAUAUAAAGGAGAGAAGUUGUGCUCCAUCUCCUCUUCUCUGUAUGGUUGCCUGCUACCCAUCUCCAAGGUGUCCCCUGAACCAAGGUCACGCCGCCACACUCCUCCCCUCCAGAACCCCAAACCGGUCCUCAAACCCACCCUACCACCUGCUCCUGUAUCCUCACCUGCCUCCACCCCAAAGAUCGCUCUGAUGCCCCCCCAACUCCUCUCAGCCAAACUGGCCUUAAAACCUCCACCCCUCCCCAGCCCCAAACCUUUCAUGAAACCUCACCCCCUUCCCCCAACCCCUCCCACCAUCAAACCCCAAACCCUGCCCUCCCCGACCGCCACCGACCAACCACAGCUCUUGAACGGUUCGCCCGGUCCCCUCUCUCCGGGUCGAGGUGACGGAUUGGACGCUGAGGAGAACGGAGACGCGGGAUUGGAGGUUGAGUUGGAGGUGGGGUCCAUGGUGGAGGUGAAUGACCCACCCCUUUUUGGAGUGAUUCGUUGGAUUGGACGAAUCAUUGGAGUUUCACAAUUGGUGUCAGGAAUUGAGCUGGACCAGGAACUGACCGCUGGAACAGAUGGCAGUUACCUUGGCGAACGCCACUUCCGUUGCCCUGCCAACAAGGGGCUGUUCGUCAAACUCCGGAACUGCAGGCGGGAUUCCAGAUUCCCUGCCCCUGAGACACCGGUCAAUCAGGUGGAGCGCUGCAACUCCAUAGGUGUGUUAUCUGUGUGUGUGUUGUCUUGCCUGACUCACGCCACUCCCUUGAGAUGAAUGAGCUAGCCUAGGUUCCCACUGCUUCAGGUCUAUGACCUACAGGUGCCGCCCUUCCAGCCCAGUCCGGAUGCCAGCAACCCGCUGAUUCCAGCCGGCGUAGUUCUUGGCGGCCGACAGCUGGAGUGGGAGAAACUUUUU